UGGAUCAGUCUUGCUACAAUUUGCUCUAGUAAAUAUCAAUAAUAAGGAUGACAACACAAUUUAUGCUUACUUGUAUUUUUGGUCAACUUUGCUGAAAUUGAAUACUAGAAGAAGGAGCAAAUUCAUGGAAUAUUUGGAUUGGGGACAAAGAUAUAAAUCCAAUUUAUUUGGGGCAUAUCCUUUUUACACAAACUUCAACUCAUGUAAAUUUUAUCUGCUUCUAGGUUGUUCUAGCUUCUCUUUUGUGAUCAAUGAAGAGGCAGAACCAGAGUGUGAUCACUGAAUUCGUCCUUGUAGGCUUCUCCAGUCUGGGAGACCUGCAGAUUCUGCUCUUCAUCAUCUUUCUAUUAGUCUACCUGUCCACCUUAAUGGCCAAUGUCACUAUCAUGACUGUCAUUCGCUUAGACCGCACCCUCCAUACCCCAAUGUACUUCUUUCUUUUCAUUCUUUCAUUAUCUGAAACCUGCUACACUUUUGUCAUCAUCCCCAAAAUGCUGACAAACCUACUCUCUACUGACAAAACUAUUUCUUUCUCUGGUUGUGCAGCCCAACUCUACUUUUUUAUAGCCUUGGCUUGUACCAAUUGUUUUCUAAUUGCUGUGAUGGGUUAUGAUCGCUAUGUUGCCAUCUGCAAUCCUCUCAACUACAUGCUCAUUGUUAGCAGAGCAACGUGUAUCCAGUUGGUGUUGACCUGUGCCUUCUGUGGUUUCAUAAUCUCUGUGGUUGUCAGCAUCCUAGUGUUCAGCCUGCCUUUUUGUGCAUCAAACCGAAUCAACCACUUCUUCUGUGAUGUCUCUCCUGUCAUGAAGCUUGCCUGUACUGACACAAAGAUGAAAGAGAUGAUCUUCUUCUUUCUCAGUAUUUUGGUAUUAUUGGUCCCCUUUGUGCUGAUAUUCAUCUCCUAUGUUUUCAUUGUCUCCACCAUCCUCAAGAUCUCAUCAGCUGAGGGGCAACGAAAGGCAUUUGCCACUUGCAUCUCCCACCUCACUGUGGUCAUUGUCCAUUAUGGCUGUGCUUCUUUCAUCUACCUGCGCCCUACAUCCCUCUAUUCCUCAGACAAGGACCGACUGGUGGCAGUGACCUACACUGUGAUAACCCCAAUGCUCAACCCCCUGGUCUAUACUCUGAGGAAUAAAGAAGUAAAAACAGCCUUAACUAAGGUCCUAAGCAGAUACUCAUUUCCCAAAAGCAUAUAACUAGAGGGGGAAUCAGUGAAGCCUCAGACUAUAUGGGAAAUGGGGGAGUCUACAGUCCUGCAUGUGGAACAUCUUUCAUACUUCUUCAAGAUGUCUCAAAAAGUCAAAUCCAUGGUUAUCUGUUGGACCUUUUGGUUGUGCCCAACAUGAAGUUCUUCAACUUGUAUUACAUGUUAAAAGUGAAGCUUUGGAUAAACUUCCUAACAAUUUCUAUUUUUUAAAAAUAGAAGGGGUGACCUGAGACAAUGAGCUCAUCAUCACUGAAAAUAUCCAUUUAUUUGUUGUUCAUUCAUUUUUCAAUUGUGUAUGACUCUUUGUGAUCCCUUUUGGUUUGGGGAGGGGAGGGGUUGGCAAAGAUAAUUUUGCCAUUUCCUUUUCCAGCUUAUUAUACAAAUGAGGAAACUAAGGCAAAGAGAUAAGUGACUUGCCCAUAGUCACACAGAAAAUAAGUGUCUGAUUUGAGCCAGACUUGAACUUAGAAAGAUAAGUCUUUUUGACUCAAAGCUUGGCAGUCUAUCCACUGUACCACCAUGUAUAC